UCAGUCAACCAUGGCUGUUCCCACUGUUUCGCCCUCGAAAAGCGGCCUGCAGCCGUCCCCUGCAUUCAUCGACAGCUGCUGGACGGUUCCGUUCAUCACGGGAUUCAUAAGCCUCCUGAUUUCCAUUCCUCAAACAAACAGCGGCAUGCUCUUCGUGCUGUUUAUGGACACGUUUGACGUCAACCGGCAAACAGCCGCAUGGCCCAAAACCAUAUAUACAGCAACGACAAGUUUGAUGGGUUUUGCAUUCGGAGCUAUUCAACACAAGGUGUCCAUUCACAGCACAAUCCUGGCUGGUGCUAUUGUGUGCCCUCUGGCAAUCAUCGCCAGUGCUUUUGUUCCGAACGUGGCAUGGAUGUCCGUCACAUUGGGAAUAUUCUAUGGGGCAUCGUACGGAGCGCUUGUUAUAGGGGCUGCAGUGUACGUCGUUUCUUACUUCCACGAGUACCGAGGCUUCGCCACGGGUAUCAAGUUCCUGGGCGUAUCACUGUCGGGAAUCGUCGGCCCUUCCCUCCUGUCGCACUUGGCGUCUGAACACGGUCUAAAAGGCUGCUUCCUUAUUACGGGAGGCUUGACGCUGCACCUGAUUCCUCUUGCCUUUAUGCUGCGCUACGCGAAGCCCGUGAGGUGGGCAUGCUGCAGAAGCCGUGAAGCGUCAGACUAUGCAGUGAAAGGAGUGACCACGAUCUUGUACGGGACCACAACAACACACGUGCAAGAACCUAACGGAAGUAACUACACUAUAAAACAUCCAGUGUUUGAAUGUGACUCGGUGUUGGGAACGUCUGAUGGUUUGGUGGGACGGAAUUCACUCUCUACUGGUGCAAAGAAUGCAAUUGAUAUUGUAGAAAAGCACUCAAUAGGUUCUGCCACACCACAUGAACAACAAAGUGCUCCGCUGGGCUUUCUCGCUCAAGCCAUGAAGGUUCUGCGAUCCCCCUGCUUUUAUGUUCUCCUGGUGGCCAUGGUGGCGGCAGACUUCACUCUUCCGCUUUUCGGUUCUACUAUCGUUGACUAUGCGGUGGACAAAGGUAUUGCGUUUAACGCCGCCGCUCAACUUGUGGUGUGUCAGUGCUUGGGCGGCUUCGUGGGACGCCUCGUGAUUCCCUUGAUUACUGACAAGAUCGCGCACAGCCGCUGCCCUAUCACCGCCAUCAGUUUGGCACUGUUGUCGCUAAGUUUCUGUGUUUUUCCUCAUGUAACAAGCUUCGCGGCAGUGGCGACGGUUAGCUUUGUGAUCGGUGCGCAGCAGGGCUACUUGAAUGCCUUCAAGUCUGUCCUCGUAGCGGACUACCUGGGUGUGCACAGCGUCGCAGUGUCCUGGGGCAUCAUGGGAGUGGCCUUGCUUCCGCUCGUGUGCUGCGAGCCUUAUAUCGUAGGCGCCUUCCGUGACACGAGGGGAUCGUACGACAAUCUCUACCGAAUGUGUGGCGCCGUGGACCUGUUUGCAACACUCAUGGUGGCUGCGCAAGCAUGCUUUGACUCUAGGAUGAGGAAGAAGAGUGUAGAGACGUUUUCAACGAAAUGAGUUUAAGAAAAUUUACUUGAGUUUAAACGGGUGCGUAAUCCAAACGGUCCGGUCACGACGUCGCAUGGUUGCCUCGAUCCAUUGAAGAUGUGAAGAAAGCAGAAAUGCAGAGAGGGGUACGGUAAUGUGAAUCGCUUUUAAGCUUGAAAAUUGGAAAAUAUCAGGAAUGGCAAUACGUGAAAAGAUGAGCGUAAGUGUAUUUGUAAGUUGUCUUCUGGUAACAAAGUACACUAGUACCAACUAUACUGCGUAAUCGUACUGCCAUGCCGACACGUGAACCCCGCCGGCGGGUUGCUUCUCUGAAGUUGAAGCAUCUGUUGAAUCACGAUGACACAGCUGUUAAAAGAAGACUACCUCAAACCGCCCUUACAGCACUCGACCAUAAUUUUUUAUACUAAGAGCAUCGGAUCUUACAUAACAUGUUGCGAAUAUUCCAAACUCUGUUUUUGCGUCGACCAUAGAGACACAAAACUGGCACGUAUUUCCAUGUAUACUGAUUCCUUGGAGGAAUCUGCCGAUAAAAUUUAUGAACUCGUUUUGCGCAGUUCCUUUCAAUUCCUAUAGAGAUACAACUGCUAACUUCGUUACUAUAUUGUUAGUGUUGUACGUUUGUAACAAUCAGUAAUACAUGAGCAAAUAUACCGCGAGUGUUUUGUGACGAAUUAUGCAGACAACUUUGUAAUAUAAAACAUUGUGGGGUUGUGUGCUAACUGUUCUUAACUGUUCUUUAUGUCUCC